CGACUAGUAGUAUACCUUUUUUGUGAAAGAGUGCUCUUGAUUUGGUAACCUUUUUUCGCCUCAAUUUUCAGACAUAAUAACGACUUUAUUUCCCAUCAACUAACAACGAAACAACAAAUUAAAAUACCGUCUUUUUACUCUGUCAAUGUGCAGGAUUAUUCAGAUGCACCUUUAAUUGCAAAGGCACGAUGUUCGACAGGUACGCUGACCUGCCCCUUGCAUUUCAGCACUGAAACCUCUAAGGAUGUCUUCCAUGAUCGUCCCUGUAAUUGAUGUCCACAAUGAUAAUUUUAAAGAGCUCUGGCCAGCCAUGGUGCUGGCUAUCAAAACAUCAUCUUUCAUAGCCCUGGACACUGAAUUAAGUGGUCUUGGAUCAAGAAAGGAUUUACUGGCACAAUGUAUUGAAGAACGGUACAAAGCCAUUUGCAAUGUUGCACGGACACGCUCUAUUUUGUCCUUGGGAAUUGCCUGUUUCAAAAAGCUUCCCGACAAGGCUCCUCACACUUACCUGGUGCAGGUGUACAACCUCACCCUGCUUUGCAUGCAGGAGUAUGUGGUUGAACCGCAGUCAGUGCAGUUCCUGGUGCAGCAUGGCUUUGACUUUAACAAGCAGUAUGCCCAGGGCAUCCCAUACCGUAAAGGAAAUGACAAGGGCAGUGAUCUGCAGAGCCAAAGCAUGCGAGCGCUUUUCGUGGAGGUGAUUCAAGCACGGAAGCCCCUGGUCCUUCACAAUGGACUCAUAGACCUGGUCUUUCUCUACCAGUGUUUCUACGCUUGGCUCCCACGUCGGCUGGGAACCUUCACUGCAGACCUAUCUGAGAUCUUCCCUGCUGGCAUCUUUGACACCAAACAUGCUGCGGAAUUUGAGAUGCGCUUCAUGGCCUCCUGUCUGGAAUACACCUACAAGAAAUGGUGGGUCUCGCAGCCUUUACAGAGAAUAAUGCUACUGUUGUGUGCCAGGAAACUAAAACAGGUUCUGUUCUCCCACCUGGGACCGGGGGUGGAGAGAACGGAGUUCUGCAACUACACAGAGAGGCUGUGCACCUACAUUGACUUCCGACAGUGCACAGAGGUGGGUGGGGAGAGAGAGACUGGAGAGGAGGGACCCCCUGCCAUCUGUAUGAAGUUCUCUGCAUAUGGCUGGUGCCCCAACGGUUCACAGUGCACUCUGUCUCACAACACAGACCUCAUCAUAGUGCAAGAUGAGCAGAAAAAGAAGAGUAAGGGUCGUAAGAGGAGAAAGAACAGGAGGAAAUUCAAAGUUGCUCAGGAGGAGUCCAGGGCCCCCAAUGAGCAUGAAAGCAGCCCCCCGAACAAACAACUGUGUGUGGAGGAUCUUAAAAUGCCAGAAGACUGGGGAUCUGUGAAGGAGACAGCCUCUGCUGAUGUGGUGGAGAUCAUGAAGGAUGCACUACUAGCGAAAGAAGUGGAGAGGAAGGAUAUGAGUGAUGAGCAAGUGGUUGAGGAAGCACAGGGUUCAAAUGGGACAGUAAACAAGUCUGGGCCGCAACAGAUCUCAGGAACUGAGACUGGAGAUCAGAGUGAUGUGACGAUACCUCAAGGAGAAAAAGAAGGCAGCAAGGGGAAAGAGCAGCAGAAGGCGGCGGAGGGGGGGAUGCACAGAGCUGGGUUUGAUGCUUUCAUGACGGGAUACAUUUUUGCAUACAUCACUACAUUGAAGGCAGGAGCGGAAACUGACCCAAGUUCAGGGGCAUGUCUGCCAGACUGCCUGAACAAAGUGUACCUCAGUGGGAAAUCCAUCCCCCUGCAGAUCGUAAAAAGCAGCUUUUCUAAGUUUUCAAAAGCCCACACUCUCAAAAUGGAAUCAGUCUGGGGCAAGAGUUGAUCAAUGUAUGGGGGACAGAAAAUGCCAUACCUGUAUGUUUGAAACACUGUGAUUACCGUUCCAGGAGUUGUCGGUCUAUGAAGUUUAUUCUUGAUCUUAUUUUUGUGUUGAAUGACCUAGUUUUUCAUUUUAAAUAUAUUUAGUAUAUUUUUCCAGUGUACAUACAAUGGCACAUUUAUCUAAUGUGUAUUUGAAUUUUUGGAUUUGUUUAAGAAUCCAGUCUGAGAUUUGUUUAUUUUUUUGGUAAGUUGAUUUCAACAGGUUUUGAAUACAUAUUUCUAUUUAAAAAAAAAAAAAAAAAAAAAAAAAAGUGGUCUAGUACUUUAAACUGGGAAUGUUUUGAUUUGAUUGUACUCUGCCACUAGGUAACGGAGAAAAUGAAUUCUUAAUUUCAGGUUAAUGUUAGCCUAUUGAAAUUUAGUUAAAUUAGUUCAAGGUUAGUGCUACUCCAGGAGCUGUUUUUUCAAAACUUUUAAUAACAGCGUUACAGAUUUUUCUGGAUAACAGCGAUACAGAUUUUGUAAUCCUAUACUUUGUGAGCGAAAUUACUUUAAAAAAAGAAAAACUGAUUUUGUAAUUAUUUGUAAUCUGGAUAAAUGUAAUCCAGCAGUGACAUUUUCUGAAAAACCGGCUCAGAACAAAGUAACAAAAUCCUGCAUCACUGUUACCCAGAUUACAAGUUUUGAAAAACCAGCCCCAGGUUGGUGAAACCCUCCUGCUGACUUCCCUGAUGUUUGUUGAUAACUCUGUGUGUACAAAGCACCUCGAAAGCAAGAUGAAGUUUCAACAUUUAGUCGACUUCAUUUGAAAAUUGAACACAGUUUUUCUAGUGUUGGACAAAAAAAAAAAAAA